AAAAAACUGAGACGAGAUGCAUGCUGGGUAAAGUCCCGUUGUGAGGUCAAUGACCCAGCUGUGAUACGAGAGUCGAAACGGAUUUUCUUCGUUUUGACAUGUUAUUUUCUUCUCGACCAGAUGAGGUUUCUCUCUGUCGUUUGUACGACUAAUUCAACAUUGAAGGAAGCUGUGUGGACAUUGAUUCUCUCGCAAGCAGACUGCUGAGACAUCUGUCAGGAUGUCAGCCAACUGGAAGAAAUAGCCAAGGUCAGGGGAACAGAACUCUGGCAAGGGACCAACAAUGUCCUCCACUGAACUUAAGAAAACAGAGGAGGAUGCAGCUCUUCUACCGACAGAUACAGUUGAAGAACUUGGAGACCAGAAGUGACAACCCAAGAAAGUCCAACAGAUGAUGGUGAAGAUGUGCAUGAUAAACCAGGUCAGGAGAAGACAGAGUCUGUAGAUGUUGUCCAAGCCCAGACUUUAACAUCCUCUGAUAACAAUGAGGAGCAUGAGCCCAGCUCCCAACCAUUACAAUCAGUAGUAAACAGAUCUACAGCAGGCAGUACUGCUACAACUGACACUAACAGGACAGUAGUGAGUACUGCGAAGGGAGGAGAGAAUGUUUCAGAAAAGUGCAGAGGUUACUCGACCCUCGAUGACUUGGUGGAGGACAGUAGGGAUGGGUUCGGUAUGCAGAUUGUUGAGACGUCUCCUGGGCAAGGCAAGAACAAAAAGAAAGCUGGAAGGAAAAGGAAGAAAGGAGAGAAGUCUUUAAAGCCAAGAAAACUAAGGUUGAUCCUCCCCCAUCCCGAGGGAGCAGAGGGGGAAGGCAGCAAUGCAGGGUUUCUGGACCCCAGCUUUGAGAGCCACCUGGAGGAUAUCGGCCGGAACUACAGCCUCUCAACCACUAAUGUGAAGAGCAUACUGCAUCGUGUGAUCACCAAUGAAAGUGUUGUGGCCAUGAUGAGACAUUCAGUGAAGGAGGACCAGGGAGAGGAAGAGACAGAGGGAGACAUCAGUACCAACAAUCCACUGGCUGAACUCUUUGAACCCAAGAUGACCAGGGCUAGGGCAAAGGAAGUGGCAGAGAAAGGCAGUUUUGUGGUGCCUUGGCCCAUCUCUCCUGUGAAGAAGCCAGCUGAAUCUCAGCCAGCAAAGUUCAUUGACCUGAGUUUUGAGGAGGAUGAGGAUGAUGAUGAAUAUGAACCUGAGGAUGAUGAGAAUGAAGAAAGCGACAUUGACAGCAUAGCAUCACGGGAAGCAAGUGACUUUGGGUCCCCUAUGCCGUCAACGCCUCGUCAGUUUCUGCGCACCUACUCCGAGUCGGACAGGAAGGAUGACAGCGAAGACACAGAUGACAGACAGGAGACAGCGGAGCAGGGAGGAAAGGUGGAACCUCACAUCAAGAUCCAGCCCACGCCCAUGGGGCCGCCCCUCCCUCCCCUCAGUAAGGAGAAGACGGACGCUGCGUUCCUGUCAGAGUUGGACACGUUUGACGAGGAGCUGUCAGAACUGUCAGGAAGAACAGCCAGGAGCACCAUGGAUUUCAAUACAGAAGAGAACCUGGGUCUGAUAGCCAACCGCACCAGGUCCAAGUGUCCCCUGAAGGACACGCCUAUUGACAUCCUGGAGGCGGCGUUCCACGCACCUGACAUCACCCAGGACAUGUACGACACAGAGUGUGACGACUCGGAAUGGCAGGGAUGGCUCAAGGGGCUCUUCAAAACAGAUCUUGAUAUGAGUGGAGAUGCUGAUGAUGAGCAGAACGACCCAGACUACAACUUCCUGCAGGAGGAGGAGGAGGUGGACACAGAGGACCUGCGGGACGACCGGGCCGUCAGGAUCACAAAGAAGGAAGUGAAUGAGCUGAUGGAUGAGCUGCUGCAGCAGUAUGAAGAAGAGAUGGAACAGCUGGGUGGUGACGCUGCCCCAGGGCUGGAUGACAGCACAACCACCGACCCCCUCACACCCCCUCCCAGCAGGACCUUUGUCAAGCCUCCUCCCAUCAGUUUUGAUGGUCCCCUUUCCACGGUGAUGGCCAAGACCCACAAGACUGUGCAGCAGCAGCUUCAGGACGAGAAGAUGAGGGGGAAGGUUCCAGGAGGAGGGAGGAAGGUCCAGUCUCUACCUGUGCUGACUCAGGGGGAGAGACAACAGCUCCAACAACAGAUGCAACAACAUGUCCAGCUGCUGUGUCAGGUCCAUGUACUGACCAGGGAGGAGCCACAGCUGCAGGAGGUCGCACAGGUCACCAAGAACUUCCUGAAGGAAAACCAGAUGUUUGUCCAGCGGUCCACGCAGCUGCAUCAGAUGCAGGUGGAGCAGUACAGUUCUGCAGGUGCGCAGGUGCCACAGGUGAACUUCCACUCCAUGUUUGACACCUGUAAUCUCCAGGGUGCAGUCGACAUUGUGGACCAGAACAUCCCUGUUAGGUCCUUCACUGCCUCACCCAUGAAGAAAACAGCUAAAGGGUCAAAGAGUCACAAAGCCAAACCUACAGCAUCCUCCCAAGCCACCAUAGCAGAGAGUAAGGUGUUCAUGUACCCAGCCCUCCUCCCUACCUGUGCCCUGGACCUGCACGACCCACUCAGACAUGGGAAGGAGAAGCCAUGCUUCCUGGGGGCAGAAGACAACCUGUUAGCUCUGGGGAUGUGUCAGUACCAGGGCAUGUCAACAGUGGAGAUGCUGCACUACAUCAGGGAGAACAUGAUCCCCACUAAAACCUGCGAGCAGAUCAGGAUUCGCAUCAAAAACCUCAAGGCUAACAAGAAGAAAACAGGAAACAUUGUCCAGGUUUACAGUAAGACCAAACAGAUGCCUGCCCUCCCCGUGGUCUGCCCAGACAUGGAGGCGGCCCAGGCCGUGUCACCUGUGCACCUGCAGGGAAAACACCUACCAGGAUGGCUGCAGGAUUAUCAACAGACAAACCAACCAAAGGCGAAUUCUCUCCUGAGCACAAAGAUGAGGAAUUUGUCUCCAAAAAAGACAGAAAAGAUGUCACCUACACAGAGAGACAUCCUUCCCAAGGGUUUUGUUCCCGUCAUGUCAGUGAAGAAGGCUCUCUUCCAGUCCCCCUCCAAACCACACAGCACUGUGACCACCAACAGCAGCACCACCUCUGCUACAGUGUCUACAUCUACUGGCACCAUGGAAAACCCUGCAAAAACACUCCAAACUCUUGCUCCCAAGUCAGCAGGUGUGUCUCACAUCAGCAGUGUCGAUAGCAGCACUCCUGUUUACAUCAUGUUGCCUAGCAACGUCGUCCCUGGCAACCUGAGUCAGACUUCUCCACCUGUAGCUGGACUGCAGGGCCACGUGCAGCCUCUAGGGGGCGCUGCAGGUCGUGUAGUGGUUGUUGUUUCACCACCACCAACCACAGCUUCUAUGUCGCAACCUCCCCAGACAGUUGUCAGUAGUACGGUUCAAACUAUUGAGAAUUCCUGCCUUCAGCCGAGCGUUUCAAACAGUACUGCAUCAAACGUGUCAGUAAAAGAAGAAGACAUGGUAUGUAGAGCGGAAUCAUCAAGCCUUGUCGCUGCCCCCAGUUCCCUAGUUGAAAGCACAUGUGUGACAAGUUCAACUGAUCCUCUACCUGAAGGGUCACAAACUAGUUCUCAGUCAACAGGAAAGGAAGCCGUGGACUCUAGAGAAGGUGAAUUGCCAUGUACAGAUUCCACUUUAAGUAAUGUUCAACUUUUUGAACGGAGUUCACAAGAAACAGCCACCAGUGAUAUCAGUCAGGCUCUACCACUCGCACACACUACUUCACCAGAACUGUCCAGUUCCAAAGAAACAUCAACAGAAGAGAAAACCGUCACAAGCAAUCAGACUGAUACAAAUGUAUUUGUGGAGGAAAUUCCAGUCAGUGUUGAUGAGGGAAAUCAAAACAUGCAAAGCCUGGAAGAAGUUGUAUCCACAGAUUUGCCUGAAGCCAUGGGUCCUGAUAGAACAGUAACAGGGACAAUGUCAGAUGAGGAGAGAGGGAUGGAAGAUCUUGAGGGUGUGUCUGAAGACAUAUGCAUGGUGGAAGAUUCCAGCACUCCUCUGGAACCUCCGGAAAACCAAAUAACACAAAAUGAUGUUUCAGAGCAAAAUGUCAGAACUGAAGGAGAAUGUUUACAGCAGCCAGAUAUAGAACAUCCAGAAAGACAAGGUGUGUUUAUGGUGCAAAGUGACAGCACGGAAAGACCAUGUUUAGAUCAGCCAUGUACAGAACAACCACGUGUGCCUCAAGGUGCAGAAGAGAUCACAGCACAUCCUUCAGAGGAGGUGCCUUCAGAUCAAGCUGUAACAGAAGACAAUCCUGUUGUGCCUGUACCUGAAGAUGUGCUAGUCUCCAGUACUGAGGAACAGGAGCUGAUGGCUAAAGAAGUGGAGGCUGAACAGGGGCCUGAUUUGGACAACCUAAGUGAAGAACAGUCUGCUACCUCCAAGAGAAUGGUCAUGAAGGUGAAGACCUUCAAGAAGAAAGCCAAGGGGAGAAGGAAGCAGUUGCAGAAGGACAUGGCGUCCACCCUCCUGCUGCUGGACUCAGAUCUGAUGGACAGGGAUCCACUCAGGGAGGAACGGGAGACCAUGAUGGCCAAAAACUUCCUGGAGAGGGUCAGGGACUCCCUCAGAGAGGAGGAGGGGAAGUACCAUGAGGUCCUGCAGGUGUUCCACCAGGGCCACCAGGAGGGGAGGACGAUUGUGCAGCUGUACCAGGAGCUGCAGAGGAUCCUGGCUCGCUGGCCGGGGCUGCUGGGGGAGUUCGCUGCCUUCCUGCAGCCUGCCGAGGCCGUGGAGUGUGACCUGUUCAUGGAACAUCAGGAGUACGUACAGGCCAGGUCCUUCCUCAGGAAACUGGAGGUCUUCUUCAGUGACAACCCAGACCGUUACCAGAAGGUGCUGCGGGUGUUUGCUAGUUACAUGCGUGAGGGCGCAUCACUGGAGGGUCUACGUCAGGAGAUCACUCCGCUGCUCCAGGGGCAGCCCUACCUGCUACAGGAAUUCACCCGCUUCUUCCCGGACCUGCCACCACCACAAAGCAUGAUGGGAGACUUUGAGGAGAUCCACAUGGCCAGUGACAGUGAUGGGGAUGAAGUGCCUGAUAACUUUGAAGAGAUUGUUCUGCCAGAUGAAGACGAUGAGGAGGUCAGCAGGGAGAAGAAACAGGUGGAUCCAUGGAAACUGCUGCUGGCACAGAAACAUGGGACAAAGGAGUGCAAAUGUGAGUGCCACGAGUCAUCGACAGACCUGCGCGUCCAGAGAAGAAACCGCCACUGCGUCGCUUGCAACACCAAACUCACACCCAAAGACCUCCAAGCCAAGAAGGACAUCAUCCUACGCCACCAAGCUCUCCUCCACACCAGGGAAAGCCCCAUUCCUGACAGGACAGGCAGAAAAAUCCCGGCAAAACGCAGACGGAAGAAAACUGGGUCUGAAAUGGCCAGGGACAGCCCAUCACUGGACACUGCUAUGGUAGAAGACAGCUGCUCCUCUCCUCUCAACCAAGGCUAUGACUUGGCUGGAAGUGGAAACAGCUCAGCACGGCCACAGAAGUCUUCUUCUCACCAAAUGUCAGUGCUGGCCAAAUUUUCUCCACUUGGCUCAGGUCAGGAGGCAGGGGUUGGAGAUGAGGAAGGGAUGAGGAAGCUGUCAGCUAAUGAGGAGGAUGCAGAGGAAAGCUCACAAGAGUCGGAUGAGGAGCUGGAGCAGGUGACGGAGGAGGCUGUGCGGAACCUGCGGGACCUGUGCGAGGAGAUUCCCGCGCCCGACUGGCAGAAGAGCGCCACCAUCGUGGAGUCGUUCCGCCGGAGGCUGCAGGAGAUCGCUCAGCACGAGUACGACGAGGAGGAGGAGGAGGAAGAUGAGGAUGAUGAGGAUGAGGACAAGUUGAGUUCAGGAGAUGAGAGCCAGGAUGCAGAGUUCAGUGACCUGGAGGAGGCCAGCGGGUCAGGCUCAGCCUCCCCCAGCAGUCUGCAGGCUCUGUCUGCUGCCACCUCACCUGGCGCCGCUUCUCAAGGUAGUGAGGAGUCUCCCAAGUCACACUCAACAUCAGGACCAAGUCAGCAGGGACUGGCUGCCUCUACUUCACCUGGGACAGCCUCUCUUAGUGAGGAGUCACCUAGAUCACACACAAAGGCAGGGAUAAGUCAGAAGGGACUGGCUGAUGUUUUGUCACCUGACACAGCCUCACAGAGGAGUGGGGGGUUACCAAAGGUGCACAUAACAUCAGGGAAAAGUCAGCUAGAGCUGUCUGCCACUAUAUCACAAGGAGAAGGAGCUGCUGUGAGAUCACCUGAUGUAAUCCUCCAAGUCAGUCAGGAUUUGCCUAAAGCGCCCACUCCAACAGAGCAAAGUAAAACUGCAGAGCCGGAGGCAGUAGCUUCACAAGUCAGCAAGGAGUUGCCAAAGAUCUCUGGAAGGGGCCCUGACAUAGCCUUGCAAGGCACAGGGGAGUCACCCGGGGCCUCCAUAACAAUUGAGGAGGGUAAAACUGAAGGCCUAGAAACAGCAACAGAGAUGGCUGGCACAGAUAUAGGAAACACAUCAGGUGUAGAAAUUGGUCAAUUGAAUGUAUCAAGUCAGAGAGAUGGUGCAGCAGACCAACUCAGACAAGACCUUGGGAACAACACAGUUGAAGUGGAAGACAGUAGAGACAGUAAUGACAGCAGAACAUUGAGAGGAUCAAUGCAGGACAAUGCUAUUAACCAGAAGGGUGAGAAAGUCACAGAAGAUCACCACACAACUUCAUCUGACUCAGGAAGGCAAAGUAUUCCUAAGGAAUACUCAGAAACUCAUGAUCACCAUGAAGUGGGUGCAGCUAGUGAUAGAAAUGUUCCAUCCUCUCUUGGAGGUGGAACUUCAGAUACUGUACAAGAAAUGACAGCAGACUCCUCACAAGAAAUAGAUAAGGAGGAGAAUGAAACAGACACUUUAAGACACAAGGAAGAUGUCUCUACAAGGUCUGAGGGGGAAGAUGAAAAGAUGGAGGCUACUGAAGGUCAAGAUCAAGCAGAAGAAAAGGGCAGCAGUGGAGAUGGGACUAUCCUGUGGACAAGAGACCAGGACAGAACCCUUCUACAAGCCUGUCAGCAGCAGGGAGCCACUGCAGAAACCUUCGCUGUAGUAGCAGAACAGCUGGGAGAUAGGACUCCACAACAGGUGACGGACCGUUUUAUGGAACUGAUGGCGCUGUACCACCAGCAAGGCACGUCCACAGAUGAGGAGACAGGCACAGAUGGGGAGACUGAGGAGGAGGAGGGGAGCGAGUACUCCACUGAGCAAGACCCUGGAGAUGUGGAAGAUGACUGAGUCUCAGUGGAGAUCAGCACUGAGCCACUCUGCAGAAUCAAGUAAUGCAAGAUGAAUAAGACCAGUUGACAUGCUUCUAACUUUUUGUUGCAGACUUUUCAAUAUUUUUUUCUUGCCUGUGUGUGACAAAUAUUGCACAACUUAUGCGCAUACAAAUGUAUGAUAUUCCCUAGCCUUGUAUGAUGUAUAUAUAUUUUUGACAAAAUGAACCUUAAGAUAUACAUGUAUGAUAUACAUGUAUAUGUAAAGCACACAAAGUGGAAAGUAGCAGCAUUAAAGUCCUAAGGCAUAUGUUUACAUGUUUUCUUUUGCCAAUGUGUAUUAUGAAUUGUUUGUGUAUUCAAACUUUGUUGAAUACCUGAGCCUUGCCCAUAGCUCUCAGUUGUAUGAAAAGACAUGUCUAUGCUAUGAUUCAAACAAAGAGUUCUUUGUACAUAAGAUAUUCCAGAGCAGGAAACACUGCUGAUAGUAUGAAGUGCAUGCAGCAGGCAUGACAAUCAUUCUGUGUUGGAUGGAGGCAUAGAGGGAGUGCUGCAAAAUUGUGUACCUUCUUGUGAAUAUAAUAAUUUAGUAAUCAUACAUAUGACUUGUAGUCAUAAUUGAAUUGAAAUGAUCUGGAAAAGUAUUUAUUCUGCAAGUGCAGACCACCCUAUUUGUUUUCAGCCAGUGUUGUUUUUGUGUUUUGCAUGUACUGAAAGUGUUCUGUACACAACAAUUUGUACAUCUUGAGUUUUCAAGAGAUGGAGUAUGUCUUGAGAUAUACAAUAUCAAUUGCUGUCACAAUUUUGAGUGUUUUUGUUCCUCUGACAACACAUUAUUAUUUGUUGCAUUAUGGAUUAUAAUAAAACUAAUGUGACCAGUAAGUGAGAAUGACAAACUGUG